AUGUCUCUGCUGUGCGUCGGAGUCAAAAAAGCCAAGUUUGAUGGUGCCCAAGAGAAGUUUAACACGUACGUGACGCUGAAGGUGCAGAACGUGAAGAGCACCACCAUCGCUGUGCGCGGCAGCCAGCCCAGCUGGGAGCAGGACUUCAUGUUUGAGAUCAACCGCCUGGACUUGGGGCUGACUGUGGAGGUGUGGAACAAGGGGCUCAUCUGGGACACCAUGGUGGGCACUGUGUGGAUCCCGCUGCGGACCAUCCGCCAGUCCAACGAGGAGGGCCCUGGAGAGUGGCUGACGCUGGACUCACAGGUCAUCAUGGCAGACAGCGAGAUCUGUGGCACCAAGGAUCCAACCUGCCAUCUCAUCCUGCUGGACACGCGCUUCGAGCUGCCCCUAGACAUCCCGGAGGAGGAGGCGCGGUACUGGGCCAAGAAGCUGGAGCAGCUGAAUGCCAUGCGCGACCAGGACGAGUACUCGUUCCGGGAUGAGCCAGACAAGCCUCUGCCGGUGCCCAGCAACCAGUGCUGUAACUGGAAUUACUUUGGCUGGGGCGAGCACAAUGACGACCCUGACAGUGCAGUGGACGACAGGGACAGCGACUACCGCAGUGAGACCAGCAACAGCAUCCCGCCCCCCUACUACACGACCUCGCAGCCCAACGCCUCCGUGCACCAGUACUCGGUGCGCCCUCCGCCCCUGGGGUCCCGGGAGUCCUACAGCGACUCCAUGCACAGCUACGAGGAGCUUUCGGAGCCGCAGGCGCUCAGCCCCACGGGCAGCAGCCGCUACGCAUCCUCCGGGGAGCUGAGUCAGGGCAGCUCACAGCUCAGCGAGGACUUCGACCCCGAGGAGCAGAGCCUGCAGGGCUCGGAGCUGGAGGACGAGCGGGACCGGGACUCCUACCACUCGUGCCACAGCUCCGUGAGCUACCACAAGGACUCCCCGCGCUGGGACCAGGACGAGGAUCUGGAUGAGGACUUGGAGGAGCUGGAGGAUGAGGAGGAGCUGGAGGACGAGGAGCUGGAGGAGGAGGAGGAGGAGCUGGAGGAGGAGGAGGAGGAGGAAGUACCCGACGACCUGCACGGCUACGUCCAGCGCGAAGACAUGCCCGUGGUCGAGCCCAAAGAGUUCAAGCGCAUCAGCCUCCCGCCAGCCCCCGAGAAGGAGGCCCCGCUGGUGCCUGCUGAGGCCCCCAAGCCUGCCUCGCCGGAAGUUGUUCCUGGAGCAGAGGGGGCACCCAAGCUGGAGCCCCCCAAGGCUGAGGAGAGUUUCAGGCCACGAGAGGAUGAGGAAGGCCAGGACCAGGAUUCCAUGUCCAGGGCAAAGGCCAACUGGCUUCGCGCCUUCAACAAGGUGCGGAUGCAGCUGCAGGAGGCCCGGGGAGAAGGAGAGAUGUCCAAGUCCCUGUGGUUCAAAGGCGGCCCUGGGGGAGACGUCAUCAUCAUCGACAGCAUGCCCGACAUCCGCAGGCGGAAGCCCAUCCCGCUCGUGAGCGACCUGGCCAUGUCUCUGGUCCAGUCGAGAAAAGCGGGGAUCACCUCCGCCUUGGCCUCCAGCACGCUCAACAACGAGGAGCUGAAAAACCACGUUUACAAGAAGACCCUGCAAGCCUUAAUCUACCCCAUCUCGUGCACGACACCGCACAACUUCGAGGUGUGGACGGCCACCACGCCCACCUACUGCUACGAGUGCGAGGGGCUGCUGUGGGGCAUCGCGCGGCAGGGCAUGCGGUGCACGGAGUGCGGGGUCAAGUGCCACGAGAAGUGCCAGGACCUGCUCAACGCCGACUGCCUGCAGCGGGCAGCGGAGAAGAGCUCGAAGCACGGCGCGGAGGACCGGACGCAGAACAUCAUCAUGGUGCUGAAAGACCGCAUGAAGAUCCGCGAGCGCAACAAGCCCGAGAUCUUCGAGCUCAUCCAGGAGAUCUUCGCGGUGACCAAGGCGGCGCACACGCAGCAGAUGAAGGCGGUGAAGCAGAGCGUGCUGGACGGCACGUCCAAGUGGUCAGCCAAGAUCAGCAUCACGGUGGUCUGUGCUCAGGGCUUACAGGCAAAGGACAAGACUGGAUCCAGUGACCCUUACGUCACCGUCCAGGUUGGAAAGACCAAGAAACGGACCAAAACCAUCUAUGGGAACCUCAACCCUGUGUGGGAAGAGAAUUUCCACUUCGAAUGUCACAACUCCUCUGACCGCAUCAAGGUACGCGUCUGGGAUGAGGACGAUGACAUCAAAUCCCGCGUGAAGCAGAGGUUCAAGCGGGAGUCAGACGACUUUCUGGGGCAGACAAUCAUCGAGGUGCGGACCCUCAGCGGCGAGAUGGAUGUGUGGUACAACCUGGACAAGAGAACAGACAAGUCUGCAGUGUCGGGUGCUAUCCGCUUGCACAUCAGCGUGGAGAUCAAAGGCGAGGAGAAGGUGGCUCCCUACCACGUGCAGUACACCUGUCUUCACGAGAACCUGUUCCACUUUGUGACAGACGUGCAAAACAAUGGCGUGGUGAAGAUCCCAGAUGCUAAAGGGGAUGAUGCCUGGAAGGUUUACUACGAUGAGACGGCCCAGGAGAUCGUGGACGAGUUUGCCAUGCGCUAUGGCGUUGAGUCCAUCUACCAAGCCAUGACCCACUUCGCCUGCCUCUCCUCCAAGUACAUGUGCCCCGGGGUGCCCGCCGUCAUGAGCACCCUCCUCGCCAACAUCAAUGCCUACUACGCACACACCACAGCGUCCACCAACGUGUCUGCCUCUGACCGCUUCGCCGCCUCCAACUUUGGGAAAGAACGCUUUGUGAAGCUCCUGGACCAGCUGCACAACUCCCUGCGCAUCGACCUGUCCAUGUACCGGAACAACUUCCCCGCCAGCAGCCCCGAGAGGCUGCAGGACCUCAAGUCCACCGUGGACCUCCUCACCAGCAUCACCUUCUUCCGCAUGAAGGUCCAGGAGCUGCAGAGCCCCCCGCGAGCCAGCCAGGUGGUGAAGGACUGCGUGAAGGCGUGCCUCAACUCCACCUACGAGUACAUCUUCAACAACUGUCACGAGCUGUACAGCCGCGAGUACCAGACAGACCCGGCCAAGAAGGGGGAGGUCCCCCCAGAGGAGCAGGGCCCCAGCAUCAAGAACCUCGACUUCUGGUCCAAGCUGAUCACCCUCAUCGUGUCCAUCAUCGAGGAGGACAAGAACUCCUACACACCCUGCCUCAACCAGUGA